AUGAGACUGGACGGGACGGGACAUGCAGCACGGACGGGACAGAAAAGAACGUACAAAAUGGAACAAGACGAAUUAUUUUCACCGGGACUAGUGAGAUCCACGGCUAAAGUAGCUCAAAUUGGAGCCGAUGUUCGCGACCUCGGAUUCCCUGACUUUCCAUCUUUCCAAGAAGCAGUAGCGGCGCCUCCGCCUGGUAUGCCUCUGCUUCCACAGACGCCGACAUUUCCAGAUCUUGAAAACCCUAGGCUUCCAGUAGCGAUUUGGCCUUCUCUCCCUGGUUUCCUGCCCUUUCCGUUCACAGAUCAGUCCCCUCCUUCCGAGCCCUUUGGUCCAAGAGUCUACGAGUCCGAUAAUUGGCUGCCUUCUACCCCAAGUAACCCUCAAGGGUUUCCAUAA